CUGGUGUGGGUGGCAUCCUGGGGGACAAGAUUAAGGACCCCAAUGGAAAUAAGUUAGACAGUCCUCGAUGAUGCACUGACUUUCUUGGGUUAUCCUGGGUGGCUAAUCCUCCGGGGUUAAAAAUCCGAACGAAAUCUUAUCUUAUCUUACAAGAUGAAGAACCAGUUGAUGUACAAUAAGAGGAAGCAUCAUGUACGAGGUCACUGGGCUCAUGGCUGCCAUCUCUGGUCCUCAGCUUGACGGCAGAAUUUGAGAGCUCAGAAUGCUUCCAGAAGUUGAUAUAUUUGUGGGUAAUUACACUAUAAUUGACCAGGAUGUGUUUGAACUGUGGGUACAAGGUUACUCUGUGGUGGAGACUGUGUCGGUACUUCAGCAACGGGGUGAACUGGAGACAUGGGGUGCUACAUUGGAGCUGCUGACCUCUGACACGGCUGACCACUACCGCACCUUCGGCUUGCUAGAAAAACUUUUGCAGACACCCACUAAACUAGCAGAGGAAUGGACGUUUCAACUGGAACCUGCAGUCCAGAAGAUGGUCAUUCAAAAAUAUUAUGAAUUUGAUGAUAUAGUCAUUCGAGAGAUUCUUGGCAAGAAGCUCUCCAGUAGAACACGCAAAGAUCUUGAUGAUGUUGCUGAAAAGACUGGCGUCCUACUACGAUCAUGCAGGCGACAGUUUGAUAACGUUAAGCGGAUCUUCAAGCAAGUGGAUGAAAUGACCGGCUCCGUUGUCACAAACAUUCAGUCAGUGUUUCUUCUGUCAACUCCUCUGGCCAAAAAAUAUGCAGCUAUUGUCUUCAUUAUCAACAACCGCUUUGAGACCAGCAAACGCAAACUGAAUUAUCUCACCUUUGAGGAUUUUUGUGUGUGUGCCUCACUGAUGAUGUCCACCUGGACGACUGCCAGUCCUCUUGCUGCUGGGGGUGCCAACACUGGACCAGAUGCAAGAGAUGACACAGAUUUUGAUCGUGACUUCCUGAUUGAGCUCAGGGACUUCAAGUUUUUAUUGGAUCGUGAAAAAGAGCAUCGAAAUGUGACUUUAAGUCAUCUUCGUGGGAAAAUUCCAGACCGUAUGUGUUCAGAAGUUGAAAACAAUUUCAAGGUGUACUCACGAGGCAUCAUUAAUAUUGGAUGUGCCCUUAAUAACACCAGAGACAUGCGGGACUUCUUCGUUGACACAGUGGAAAAGGUGGUAGACCCCUGUCGUCAGUCACGAUGGAAGGGGACAGAGCUAGAAGUGUUCCUUCAGGUAUAUACUGAUGCUGGUUCUGCACUCGACAUUAUGACCAGAACACCUAGAGGAAAAAGUAGCCAUUCCCUGCGAACAACGUGGGAGAGGUACAUGAACACCAUGCGAGGAUGCAUCUGUCAGUUGUAUCAUUCUUGACGUCACGCCCCACCGCUGCGACUCACACGCACAGCAACCGUUCAAGAAAAAGUGCCGUCUGAUUGACCAUCACUGUGGAAAGGUCGGCGGCAUGCAAGUUUAGAUUAGUAGCAGAUCUGAAACUCUGGGUUCAACCACCAAUAUAAUUUCAUACCGUGGCCUCAAGAGAAUUGAAAGAAUAGUGUAAGAAGCUUAUUUCCCUAAAAAUCUUAAGAUAAAAUCAGUCAGUUAUAUUUUUGGAAAUAUUACUGGUCAUUAUUUAGGAGGGUAUGUCUGUACUUGAGAAAUUUUUCUUAAUGUGUAUUUAAAUCAUACAUAGUCAUCCUUCCAAUGCUGUAUUAUAUCAUGAAGUUAGAAAUAACAUAUUACACUGUCUGGUAAUGUUAAUCUUAUUUGUUAGCAAGUUUUUCUUACUUCACCGAGGCAUAUGAAGACUCAACUCUGGACUUGGAGUAAAUGUGUCUACUGAGCAUGUUUGUGCUUAAGUUGCAAUUAUAAUUCUGAGUAAAUACUGUAAAAUAUUGUAAUGAAAUGGAACUGUGAUCCUGAGUACACAUUACUGUAAUAAUAUAAUCAGUUUAAGCACCAAACCCAUAAAGGUCACAGCUCUGCUGGGAGGGAUGUGCAGAGGUAGAAUGUGUCAAGGUUAGGGGCUAGUGGAGGUGGGAGGUUAGUGCUACAGGAAAACAGAUUUAAGUUGGUGCAAUAGGUUAGUUUAUUAAAGCCAGUCUGCAUCAGAGGAAGGGUUUUCAGUGAGGAGCGUGUUACUGUAAUAAGUUUGAAUUUGUUGCUAUGGAAUUAAAAGGUGCAUGUUUAUUCCUGUGACAGUAGCUCUGUUCAGCCAGAUGGGCAUUGACCAUCUUCAACUAGUCUUGAUUUGACCACAGAUGUAGAAAAAUCUAGUAGAUGGGAAAGGAGCUAGAUUUGUCUUGCAAUGAUGACUAUCCUGAGCCAAUUUGCAUAGAACAACAUUAGACUAUAUGUAUAUAUGUAUUAAAGUAAAAGUGUAUAUAGCACAUAAUGAAAAUUUAUGUCUAAAGGGAAUGAAAUCUUAUACCACUCUUGCAAAAGAAUACAGAGGUAUUAAAGCUAGUCUAUUUUGAAAAGAAGUUUUAAACAAUUUUUAUUCAAAUGUGUAUAUAAUAUAGGAAUUUGUAUGCAUAAAAACAUAGUAUAACAGAAUUAUGGGAUAUUGUGACAUUUUCUUGGGAGUUUGGAGAGUAAAGCACGCUUGUCUGCAUGGAAACUUUCUAAAAGUGCCAAGUAGUUAUUGGUGACAAAUUGUAAAUAUUAACUUUCACAUGCUAUUUACAUUACAAGGCGAUAUCCAGAACAUAUCUUUCAGUGUAUUUAUGUAAUGGUUUAAUGUCUGUGGUACUUUUUCAACACUGAAUAUUCUUUGAAUAUAAACUAUAAAUGUGUGUGAUAUUUUAUAAUAAUUUAUAAAACAGUUCUGCCAUUAUUAACAAGGUUAUGUUGUAUUUUAGGGAUUAUAUAUAAUAUACACUACUAUGAAACUACUGCUCUGUAUGUUAACAUUUAUGCUCCAGAUAUUUAUAAAAUACAUACUCUCCUAGUGAUAAAUGCGUAAGUUACAAACAGUGGUGCUUAGAAUAAAAAAUUGUACCUGAAAUUAUGUACCUAAUAACAAAAAUGUUUGAUGGAUAUUAGAUAUGAACUAUACAAAAAGCAAAUGAGUAACAAGCAAAGUACUGUAUUCUUAUUACUAAUAUUUGAAGGUAUCUGUGGUCAAUUCUGUUAUUUUAUGACUUGCCUUCCAAAAAUACUUAAUAAAUAUUUGGUGUAUCAAUGCUGAUCUGCAGUACCAAAUGUCUGGACCUGAAUUCUUUAUGCUAUAUUAGUCUUAUGGGAAAACAGGUUCCAAGUUCCAAAUAACUGGUUUGUAAAUAUUAAAAUGGUAUACAAUACCAACAGGUUGGUAGGCAAGACAUAUGAGCAACAGUUAGGCAACUUUAUUCCGAAACGUUUCACCUAUGUAGGUGAAACGUUUCAGAAUAAAGUUGCCUAACUGUUGCCCAUGUGUCUUACCUACCACCUGGUUUGUAAGCCAAAACUUGAAAGGUUUAACUUGUUGGUUAGGUGUUUUGUUUUCUUUGUAGUGUUGCUUCAAGCUUUAACUCGGAUAUCCAACAAAUGACUGAAAGGUUGUGGGAGUUCUUUGAAAAUUAAAUUUUAGAAAUGAAUGUGGGUGCAUAACGUACCCUGAAUUUUACACGUAUACACUUCUGUUCAAUGACCACAACAUACUGACAGUAUGUAUUGGUUGUAAAAGGUUUGGCGAUUCAAACAAACUGAAAAGGACACAUGUAGAGUUCAGGACAUUUAUUAAAGGAAACGCUUUGCCAGAGGUGACUUCUUUAGUCCUAAUACAGAGCAAACUAAAACAAGUUAAUAUAUAAUGAAGUUUAGUGAAGCACAACUAGUCAUCCAUGAAAACAACAGACAGGUGGAAGUUGCUGGAAGCUGUGUUAAUUACCACAACUGACACUAUCCUGCAAAGGUCUGGAAGCUUCAGUGUUUCCAAAUUUUUGGCUAAAAGUCUUAUUCAGUGUGUUCAUGUGAUGGUGAAUCUAUGCAUGGAGAAGCUAUGCAGCUGGCAUAUUGGCCCAUGCUAAACAGUUCCUGCUCAAAUCCAACCACUCACUUAUAUAUUUGUCUAACAAAUUUUCUGCAAUUUGACAUACUCCUGCCUCGCCUCACCUCACUUUUGAUUCAGGUCACUGCACUGUUUACCCUAUAUUAGCCUGUUUUAGCAAAUUCUGUAUUGGAACUGAAGAAGCCACUCAUGGCAAAACAUUUCCUUUAUUAAAUGUCCUGAGCUGUAAAUGUGCCAUUUUUAUACAACAGUGUGCAUUGCAUUCACUUCUGCCAAUUAUGAAGUUCAGUUUUAAGCAUGGCUUCAGUCAUAUAUGUACUAUCUUACCUUUCUCUCUCUCUCUCUCUCUCUCUCUCUCUCUCUCUCUCUCUCUCUCUCUAGUGUUAAGAUACCAUGCACAGCAUAGUAUGAUUACAGCACUGAAAGAAUCACAUGGCUUAAACACUUUGAUGAUAAUCCUUCAGAUUAAAAAAAAAAAAAAAAUUCCAUAGACUAAGCCCAUGUGGGUCAUUCAGCAAUAUAAGCAUCUUAAACAUCUGUAUUCAUGAGCCUAUGGAUAGGUACAAAUUUAUCCAAGGCUUAACAUUUUUUUGGCAACUUGCAUUGUGCACUGUUAACAAACCUGAUAAUAGAUUAUAACUAAAUAAUAUAAAGGGUAAUAAAAAUAUAAUACAAAUACUCCCCACAUUACAAACUUCUUACAGUCCUAUGUGCAACUUAAGAAAUGUUGAUCAGUAAGCAUAUUAUAAAUGCCAGUGUGCAGUUCUGACCAUAAAAGUUUCAAGCUGAACAAGUAAAAUUCUCAAGACAUUACUUCUUAAGAUUUUUUUUUUUUUUUUUAUUAACACACUGGCCGAUUCCCACCAAGGUAGGGUGGCACGAAAAAUAAAAACAUCAUUCACUCCAUCACUGUCUUGCCAGAGGGGUGCCUUACACUACAGUUAUAAAACUGCAACAUUAACACCCCUCCUUCAGAGUGCAGACACUGUACUUCCCAUCUCCAGGACUUGUGUCCAGCCUGCUGGUUUCCCUGAAUCUCUUCAUAAGAAGUAAUGUCUUAGCAUGAAUUAGCACAAGGCAGACCAAUACUGUAUACCAGCACCAUCAUAAUUAUUCUAACAUUAACAUUUCAAUCAUUGUGUUCUGAAACUGACCUGCAGGAAACAUCAUCCUUUAUAUUAAUUUUGUAGGAAAAUAGGUUCAGAGUUCCAAAUGAGCAAGUUAUCAACUUUAUUACUGAUCAUCUUACCAAGGUUAAGUCUUGUAUCAAAAUAUAGUUAACCUCAGGCUUUUCUCUAACAAUAAUCUUCUCUAUUUAUUUAAAAAAAAAUAUAUACAUACUGUACACUGAUUAUUUACAAGGUAAAGAUUUUUAUUUGAGACAUUAUACUUUUAUAACUAUCUUUUAAAGGUGAAAUGUAAAGUCAUACAGGAACAACCAAAUUCAACAUUAAUGUUUAUUUAAAUAAUUUUUUUUUUUUUUUUUUUUUUUUCCAACAAGUCGGUCGUCUCCCACUGAGGCAGGGUGACCCAAAAAAAAGAAAGAAAAUCCCCAAAAAGAAAAUACUUUCAUCAUCAUUCAACACUUUCACCACACGCACACAUUAUCACUGCUUUUGUAGAGGUGCUCAGAAUACAACAGCUUAGAAGCAUAUACAUAUAAAGAUACACAACAUAUCCCUCCAAACUGCCAAUAUCCCAAACCCCUCCUUUAAAGUGCAGGCAUUGUACUUCCCAUUUCCAGGACUCAAGUCCAACUAUAUGAAAAUAACCGGUUUCCCUGAAUCCCUUCACUAAAUAUUACCCUGCUCACACUCCAACAGAUCGUCAGGUCCCAAGUAUCAUUCAUCUCCCUUCACUCCUAUCUAACACGCUCAUGCACGCUUGCUGGAAGUCCAAGCCCCUCGCCCACAAAACCUCCUUUACCCCCUCUUUCCAACCCUUUCAAGGACGACCCCUACCCCUCUUUCCUUUCCCUAUAGAUUUAUAUGCUUUCCAUGUCAUUCUACUUUGAUCCAUUCUCUCUAAAUGACCAAACCACCUCAACAACCCCUCUUCUGCCCUCUGACUAAUGCUUUUAUUAACUCCACACCUUCUCCUAAUUUCCACACUUCGAAUUUUCUGCAUAAUAUUUACACCACACAUUGCCCUUAGACAGGACAUCUCCACUGCCUCCAACCGUCUCCUCGCUGCUGCAUUUACCACCCAAGCUUCACAUCCAUAUAAGAGUGUUGGUACUACUAUACUUUCAUACAUUCCCUUCUUUGCCUUCAUAGAUAACGUUUUUUGACUCCACAUAUACCUCAACGCACCACUCACCUUUUUUCCCUCAUCAAUUCUAUGAUUAACCUCAUCCUUCAUAAAUCCAUCCGCCGACACGUCAACUCCCAAGUAUCUGAAAACAUUCACUUCUUCCAUACUCCUCCUCCCCAAUUUGAUAUCCAAUUUUUCUUUAUCUA